AUUAUAAAGUAUCACCUCAUUAUGGAACUCUUAUCGAAAAUGGUGUUUAUGCCUUAAGACAGUUUUUCUACGUUCCCCCGAACUUGAGAACAGGUCGAUACACAAUCAGUGCGGAAACAGAUGUUCGAAAUAAUGUGUUCGAGUACACCAGAAACGAUAACAAUAAAAAAUCGUUGGAUAUAACGAUCACAAGAGCAGUUCCUGAUUUAUCAGUAAGGAAAUUUACAAGCGGAGUCCACAGAACGAAAACAUCAACUUCAAUUAAUGUAACUUGGGAGGUCACAAAUAUAGGACACGGUCAAACACUCUCAACAAAAUGGGUUGAUUGUCUUUAUUACAAAUCAUUGCACGACUGGAGUUAUUCCCUGUUGUUACAAAGCGAGAUCUACGUUGACGAUUACCUUGCACAUAGUCAUGUCUACACUAGAAACAUAGUAGAAAAACUGCCUGAAAAUGUCCACGGACAAAUCAUAUUUGCAGUUUCAGUGGACUGCAGUGGAAGUGUUGGUGAUCAUGAUCGGGACAACAAUGAAGCUUCGUCCGGUAUAAUUGACGUACCACUUCUUGCGGCCGAUCUUCAAUUAAGUCAGUUAAAGAUAGAGGGUUAUUAUGAAGGCGGUGGAAACAUUCACGUACAAUACACUGUUUCUAAUAUCGGUAAUAUAAAUAUUACUGAUAAAACUUGGAGUGAUAGAAUUCUCAUCGGAGAAAUGGGUUUAUUUGGACUUUUCUUUGAAAAAUUUGAAAGAAUCCUCUCGAAAGACAAUGCCCUUCGCCAAGGCUCGUCUUACUCUAGUGAUAUUGAAAUUUUAAUCCCCAUCUACUGGAAAGGUUCUUAUGAAAUUCGAGUUGAGACAAAUGUUUAUGGUGACAUUUAUGAGGGAGGCUUGACUCUGAACAAUCGCCGAGAAAAACAGAUAAAUAUAAAAGACACUAUAAGUGUCGAUCUAGGUGCAACAUCUGUAACAGUUGAUCUGCUCGAUAGAAAUGAUGAUAUACAAAUGAUUGCUGUUAAUUGGUCGGUGGUGAAUUUCGGAAACUCUAUGCAAGGAUCGGCUGAAUGGUAUGACAAGAUAUUAAUCCAGAGUGAAGUCAAGUAUGAUGUUGCAACAUUUAUGAUCAAAUCUGUUUUGGAAUCAGGAGCGUCAUACGAACAAAGAAGAGUUUUAAAUGUCCCAAUAGAUGCACAGGGCUAUAUAACUGUUUGUGUUGAAGUUAACUCAGCCAAAACUGUUUAUGAGGGAAACGACAAAGAAACCAAUACAAUGUGUUCCAAAGAUAUCAUGAUUGUUGGUUUAACAGACGCAAGUCUGAACGUGUCAAAUGUCAGUGUAAUACCAUCAACCAAUUACGAAGAUAAGAUAACUCUUUCAUAUAAAGUUACUAAUACAGGACAAAUGACAACCAAACUUACGUCUUGGUCUGAUGCAGUAUUUGUUACGAUACAGCAGGCAAAUCCGAGUAAAGUAUUGCAGACCGGAACAAAGAUAAAAGAAAUUAUUCAUGUUGGAAAGUUACAAGCUAACGAAUCAUACACAUCUGUCGCAGAAUGUAGAAUUCCAAGAGAAUUCUCUGGAUCUCCAUUCUUUUAUGUAUUUCCAAACUACACAUACAUAAGCAUAGACAGUACCGAUGAACCAUUACAUGGUACCGAUGAACCAUUCCAUGGGCAAUCUAUUGAAUUUACAUUAGGCAACGGAAUAUAUUUGAUGGGAGAACUUUCAAACCUUCAAAUAAAUGGAAUUGGUAAUGUAAGUGAAGCUUCUAGUGGACAGCCACUUUCAAUUGCCUACAACAUAAGUAACACCGGGAAUGUGUCAGUUCUUCUACCGUGGUUCGAUAGUGCAUACCUCAGUGACGACUACCUAAUAGAUUCAUUUGAUACAAAACUUCGUUCAGUAAAACGAUAUGGAGUUCUUCAACCCAAUAUAGAAGAAUCUUUCAAUAUCACAUUUAUGCUUCCAUUCGAUCUGGAAACAAAGAGCUAUGUGUUAGGCAUAGUUCUAGAUUCAAGAGAUGACAUUAUCGAGACAAACGAAACCGAUAAUACUCUGUUAAUACCAUUUCACCUGAUUGGACUUCAAACUGCGGACAUAUAUGUAAGUAAUAUCUCUGUUCCUGAGAAGGUAAACUACGGGUCUGAAAUGGUUGUUUCCUGGUACAUAGGCAACAACGGAACGGAGUCAUGUACUGGUUACAAAUGUGACUCUGUUUUUUUCUCCGAUAAUCAGUUGAUGAGUAUUGACGAUGUACAAUUUGGAAAUGCAGAUUGUUCAAGGUUUUCUUUAGGACCAAACCAAACAGAAGAACGGAAAUACUCAGUUAAAGCGAUCCCAUCGUCGUUGCCAGCAGAUAUUUUUUAUUCAAUCGUUAGAUCAAGGUCAAACGUAGUGGACAUCAAUCAACAUAACAAUAUUCUUGUCUCAAGUUACACUACAGAAAUGCAAGUUGAAAGUAUUGCCGUUGGAAAAAGAAUGGACAUGACAUUAAUACCUCACUCGUCUGUUACACUGAGAAUUGGUAAUUUGACAAAAGAUGAAACAUUAAUUUUCAAUAUUCAAACUGGUGAUUCAAAUUACAUUGAAGUUUAUCUGAAAGCUGAAAAUCCCCCGACGUUAUUUAGCUUUGAUCAAAUGUCAAACAACUUGAACAGCAAAUAUCAAAACCUGAUAUAUUCCGAUAUAUACACGUCUGAUGCGUAUAUACUUAUACGAAAUGUAGGACAUGUUAACGAAACUAUUGAUUUUGCUACGAAAUAUGCAACAUUUGAAAUAUUAGCCGUGACACCUAAUGUAUUUAUACCCCAAACUACCACAACAGUUUUAAUUACUGGAGCUCUCAUGCCCUUCGAUUUGAGGGCCUUUUUGAUAAGCAACGACAGUAAAACAAUUGCCGCAGACAAAACCUUUACAUUUUCGUCGACGGAAGCUUACGCGACAUUCAAUAGUUCAGCCCUAAUAGGGAGUUCGACAUUUUCUCUUCUUGUCGAAUCAAAUUCCCUGAACAAAACAAUUGAAUUCGAGGCAAACAUAACCAUGCAACCCUUGGCAUUUGGCUAUUUAGGAUUUGAACUUGAUAUGGACUCAAGAUUAAGAAGAGAUACGAACGGACAUCUAUCACUGAAGUAUCAAAACUUGGGUGAUUCGGAUCUUAUUGUACCAGUUAUCAAAGUUGAAAUAACUGGUAAAGGAAAUAUGCGCAUCAAAAACGACAUAAAGUAUGAAUCAUACAAAAAAGAGUUUUUUUUGUUUUGUUCGAGUCAGCAUGGGCCGGCUGGAAUUCUUAGACCCAAGCAGUCUGGGUCGAUAGUGUUUGAAACAACCCAAGAUGAUUCCGACAACCUAGGCAGAAUGAAUAUCAAAAUAUUUCAAAUCAAACCUGAUGUCAACAUUCGAAAUCCGUUUUUGGAUAUGAAAAACAGGCUGAAACCAUCAGGCUACGACCAACCCGCAUGGGAAAAAAUCUGGCAAAAUUUUGAGAACAUGAUAGGAAACAAUACUUUUUCUAUGUCUCAAAAAUUCAGUGCUGUCUUAAACGAAAUGAGUUUAGCAGGACGUUACAUUCAUUCCGUUGAUGACGUUAUAUUAUAUCUGUUGGAUUUCGCAAAUUCCCCCAAGGUUGGCGCCGUAUUGGAUUUUAGCAACGAUAUCGGAAUAGAAACAGACACUGCGAUACAGCUCACAGUAAACAGGUUAUUGACAGGGAGAAUAGGAAAUAGAAAUCAACACGGACCAGCGGGAAAAGGUUGGAUCCUGCCCUUGUGGGAUUCAAAAAUCAAAAAUGUCUCUUCAUCCAAAAUACUCGUAUCAAUUGAGAAGGAAGAUUUUGCCUUUUUCAAGGGAGAUGAGGAAUUUAUCAAUGGAAAUUUAGGAAAAAUUCGAAAAAGCGAAACAGGGUUCGUUCUAACAAAGUCAAAAGACAGCAAAGAACUGGUAUUUGAUGCGCAAAAGCUCUGCCUUAAAUCGAUCAACUCCCUGAUUGAUGGUAGUUGGCUACGUUUUGAGUAUGAAGACGAUGUUUUGAAAAGGCUUAUUCAUUCAACCGGAAGUUCUUUAAAUAUAAGAUAUAACUCAAGAAAUUACAUUCAGUCUAUUCAACUGUUGAAUAGCAACAACCAACAAGGUUCCCGUGUAGAUUAUUUUUACAACUUUAAUACAAACAUGCUUUCACAAAUGCGAUCGGAAGGCAACGUUGUGAGAUACUAUUACAAUAACAACGACAAUUCAUUACGGAUGGUCAUUAAAACAAAGACCUCAUCACGAGAACAGUUCGGAUACAAUGCAUAUGGGCAUCUAAUUUCAAGGAAAUUGAUUGAAGGAGGACUCUUAAUAACGAACGAUGAAUACACGUUUACCAAGGGUGGCAUGACUGUCAUUGAUGACAAAGCAAUUUCAGCUUCAACUAAUGUCAUAUAUUCCGAGUCAAAUGAAGUAAUAAGUGUUCAAAAAGAAAAUGGUGUGCCUGUUAAAACAGUCCGAACAAAAGUAUCCGAGUCUAUUUACGAAGGAGAAAAGUUGGUAUCUUACCGUGCAUUUGACGGCAACACGGUUCUCAUAACAGACGGUAAUGGGGACACUAUAAAAACCAAGUUUAACGAUUUUGGACAAAUGAUUCAAUUUGCAGAUGGAAAGAGAAAUGUUUACGAAAUAAUAUUCAAUGAUAACCAAACUAUUAAAGAGGUAUUGUAUCCCGAUGGUACCAACAAGACAUAUACCUACUUUGAAAAUGGACAUUAUACAAAAAUGCCCUCUGGAAAUUUGAAAAGGUACGAGUUUAAUAGCAAACACCUCCUAGCUAAAAAGGAUAUAGGAUCGGACACGAUAACAAUGUACGAAUAUACAGAGGACGGCAAAUUGAAUUAUGCGGCUAAUGAACUAGGAGAAACAUCAAUAGAGUACGACGGAAAUCUCCCAAAAGCUAUUAAGACACCCGAAACGAGAAUUAGUUAUGAAUACAACAGGCUUAAUCAGUUGACACGUAUUACAACAGACGCGGGAUAUGAUGCUAAAUAUCAGUAUGAUGGGCAUGGACGAAUUACUGAAGUUUCUAACGGGAAAAUAACAUUGGUCAAAACUACUUAUAAUGACGCAGGACUAGUUACAAGGAAAGAAUAUGGAAACAGUGCGUACAGUGUUUUCGUUUACAAAAGCGGUUCGCGGUUGCUUUUGUCACUGAUGAAUUUUUACCCAAAUAAAACAAUUGCCUCUUUCUUUAAUUACACAUACGCACGAAGCAAAAUGAGAAUACAGAUGACGACAAUGGAAGGGAGCUGGAAAUUUAAGUACGACCGAGCUGGACAGAUGACAUCAAUGAUUGAUCCGAUGGGAAAUGAAACGUUGAUCAACUAUGAUAAAGCGAAAAACAGAAGGUCUGUUAAUCGAAAUGGAAUUGAGGAAGUAUACAAUGUUAAUGAAAUGAACCAAUAUAAACAUGUCGGGGAGGUAUCUUUCGAGUAUGAUAGAAAUGGGAAUCUUAAAACAAGACAAUCCGGCAAGAACGAAACAUUUGGUUAUGACGAAGACAAUAAACUGAUCUCUUACUCUUCUCGUGGAAUGUCAUGCAAGUUUGAAUACGACGCUUUCGGAAACUUAGCCUCAAAAGUUUGCGGUGGAAGACAAUCAAAAUAUAUUACAAGUCCCUUAGGUUUUUUCGAUCGACAUAUAUUAGAGCAGAUAUCAAGCAGCGGAGAACGAACACGAUACUUUUAUGGGGGACCGGAUGUAGGAUUAAUCGCGGCUGAUAUGAACGGAGAAAAUCUGCAUUACUUCUUUUAUGACCCCUUAGGAACUGUCGUCAAUAUCCUUAGCGAGAACGGUGAAUUACUGUCGUCAUAUAACCACGACCCGUUUGGUAAUGUUUUGUCUUCAUCUGGUUCGAAAAACCUCAUCUUCUCUUUUAUUGGACAAUGGGGUGUUGUUGAUAUACAAGAAAUUCAAGGAGUAUUUUACAUGCAAAGCAGAAUGUACGAUUCUACCACCGGCAGAUUUCUAAGUCCUGAUGGAUUGGGACUAAAAGCAAAGAGUCAAAAUCUCUAUAUCUACUGCGGAAAUAAUCCUGUACAUUUUAACGAUCCAAAGGGAACAUGUCCGAUCUGUCUUUACAUCGCGUUUGAGGGUGCUGAGGGUGUUGAAAAAUAUUUGUUUUCAACACCAAUGAACCAGUGGACUUUUGGAGGAGCAACAGGGGCGCUUGUAGAAGGAUCUAUUAAUGGCGUGAUCGGAAAAUAUGUGAAAAUACCUUUUGUCAAAGACCUAGCAUUUAUUGCUACGAAGACGCUGAGCAAUUAUGUUCAGCAUACUAUUGACGGGGAGAAAUAUGAUUGGAAAGAUGCCAGAGACGAUAUUUCAAAGGGAUUACUAGAUAUGGCAGACGCUGGAUUGGCCAAGAAGUUUGAAAAAUACGGGAUUUUCAAAGACAUCUGCAGUGUAAUUGAGGAUUACAAGAGUAAAUCGAUAGAGAUAUGCCACUUGAGUUCUCUCGUUGAUGUUGAUUUCAAGCAACUCUUGGAGUUGGGUGACGGCUUCGUUGAUUGGGUUGCUUCCCUUGAUCCGAACGAUAUGAUUGGACCGUCUGGCUUUGGCGCUGCAAGAUUUAUAUCAGGAAGAAAUCGCAUGACGUAUACUAUUCGAUUUGAAAAUAAUGAAAAUGCUACUGCUCCUGCACAAAGAGUGCAAAUUGAACAUAGUUACAGCGAAUUUUUAGACGACAGAACGUUUACAAUAGGGAAAUUCGGAUUUGGCAAAUUUGAACAGCCAGUCAAUGACAAUAGCAAAUCAUUCCAAGGUACAAUCAACAUGACAAGCACAUCUGGUGUCUACGUAAAAGUAUUCUGUGGUAUUGAUGUGGUCAAACGUGUUCUUUUCUGGAAUUUCCAAAGCAUUGAUCCAGCAACUGGUUUUGCCCCAAGUGAUCCCAUUGUUGGAUUUUUGCCGCCUAAUAACGGUACAACUGGACAAGGGUUUGUGAGAUUUACUGUUGUUCCUUUGGAAGAGGCACCUGAUACGACCACAAUCAACGCAAACGCGUCCAUCUAUUUUGAUCAGAAUGACCCUAUUGACACCCCUAAUGUAUUUAACACGAUUGACAAAUCCAUACCUAUGGUAAAUGGGUCCGUUGUUCCAAGGACAGAAUCCGCCGAAUCAGCAAUUAUACGUCUCCGAUCUGAAGACGAUGGCUCUGGUGUUAAACAAGUAGAUUUGUACCGGCUUGAAAAUGGUACAUUUUCACUGUACGCGCAAGGCAUUCGGGAAGAAAUGGUUCUGAUCAGUGUUAACGUUGGCGAAUCAAUGUUUCUUUUACCGGUCCCUAUUGAUAAUGUCGGUAAUUCGUUGGCUCUUUUGGAAUUAAACGAAACAGCGACUAUUUUUGUGGCAUCAAAACUUGAGGAACAUUGCAAUUGCUCUGGGAAUGGGAACUGUAGCAUCGGAUUGUCCACCUGUAUUUGUAACGACGGUUUCUAUGGACCCAACUGUAACUCAACAACACCUCCGUUGGAACCACCUUCUUUGAGUUUGCGAGGAAGUUCGGGAUUUGUCGACGAACCGUUGCAAAUAACAGUUGAUGCCAAGAACAUUUCAGGGUCACUCGAGCAAUUGCAAAUUAGUGUUUCUGGAUUUCCAUCAGAUGCGUUUUUUGAAGAUGGUCUUCAAAAUAUAGAUGGAGUUUUAUGUCUUAAUUCUUCACAGUUUGGGACGUUAAAUAUUACAUUCAAACAACCCGGUGAAAUCAAUCUUAACGUAACUGUUCUUCAAAGUGACAUCAAUAUGACACGCUUUGGUCAAAUGACAAUUUUGAUUUACCCCACAAUAUCAGCGAAUCUCGCCUUUGAUGGUUGCCUCAACGCUGCCGAAAGGGACACUGCGAUUAUUGCUUUUAAUAUAUCGGCCAAGGUGCUCCAAGAGUCACAAAAUGCUGCGGACAAGCUCAAUCUUCAAGGAAUAGGACUUGUUAAGUAUCAGCGAGAAGUAAAAAUCGAAGUCAAGCCAGCCAUUAUGAAUAAUACAUCAGAUAUUAAACAAAUUAAGGAAUACAGUUUCGAUGGGUACGAUACAGGUGGCAAUAUUCCAAGUCCUGUUCCGUAUGGAGAUUCUGUUGAAGUUCGGAUAACACUACUGAUAACAAUAGAUGAUACAUUAGCGAAAGAGUUUUAUUUGCAACAAGAAGUGAACAGAGUUUGUCAUGGUUGCAGGCAAUGUGUCACAAACCAUACAGCUUACUGCGACACAUCCGAUGGAGUAUGCCAUUGCAAACCAGCAUGGAACGGAAUUGUCUGUUCUGAUGACGUGGAUGAAUGUGUCGAUAUUGGAGUCUGCGAUGCCAUUCCAAAUACUGGAUGCUUUAACUUAGAUAACGGAUAUGAGUGUUCAUGUUUUAGGAACUACAUUAAGGAAAACGACUCAUGCAUACUAACAACACAACAAUUUUCGACUGACAUAACGACUACAAAAUCAACUGAGAAAAAAGUAUCCAUUACCGUUGUCGUAAAAUUCGACCUACCAGAAAGCGAAAAUUUGAAUGUUACCAAAGUCUAUGAGGAAGUUGAAAACGAAGCUUUAGAGAUGCUUACACCCUUUUAUCAAAUGCAAAUGGGAUACAACUUCAAAAGUGUGAUCAUCAUUAACAUCAGGAGAGGAAGUCUAGUCAUCGAUCACGAUGUAAUCACUCGAAAUGACGAGGAAGCCACACAAGCCCUUGCAGUUGCCGUGUCAAAGAUGUCUACCGACACAAAUGCAACUGACGGGGCGUUGGAAUUUAGAGGGGAAAAGGUUGAGAUCAAAGACAUAAGCGUGGACGGAAAACCUGUUGCCAAUCCGUGCGAUGCAUAUUCAGCAUGUACACGAGAUAAAUGUUCUGUGAAUGACGGUAAACCAGUAUGCGAAAAAACACCAAGCAAACAGGUAGACGAUAAAAGUGGACUAGUGAAAGGACUGACGAUUGGAGUGGCUGUCACAGGAUCAUUGACAAUAGUUCUUAUGAUUCUUGUUAUCGUCGUAUGCCGAAGACGAAACAGAAAACCACGCAAACAAGCAGAUGUAGCUGAUACAUCACCUCCGAAACAGGCUCGACGUGAAAACAAGUACGUUCGCACUCAAUCCUACAGAAAUGACGCCUUUAGUGAACCCGAUCCUGACUACAGCGAUGGAGAAAGAAACGAGUCCAGUCAAAUGUUAAACAAGAGAUGGGGCGAUGGAAUAGGUGCAAGUGAAAACACGCGACUGAACCCAACGAACCGAGUCGCACAACGUGACGAUAUGCAGUAUACGCGCAUGCGCGGUGGUCAGAAUGGGAGCAGAAAAAGCUUGGACAGACAAAAUCCGGCGUAUGGGGGCGAAUUUCAAUUUGCCUCGCCAAGAAAGAGCAGAGAGAUACCACACGAUGAUGGCUACUGGCGUCAAGAUUCCAUGACGAGACAAGCGAGUAUGAACAAGGAAGUUAUGGAUCAGUGGGAAAAUAGUCCUUAUCAUUAAACAAUAAUACGUUCGGAUCUUUAUACUUGUAAGAUGAACACGUUUGAUUCCACACCAAUAUGCGUUGAUGAACAUCUUUCGAUAAAUCGUGUCAUUUUAAUGUUCAAGUUUUUACAUGCAAGCUUACAUUCAGUUCUAUUUCUUUACUAUUUUCAAGUUAAGUCUUGCAAACCUACCCAAUUAUUUAACUCAAUCAGCCCGGCGAUGUUCACGUUUUGUAGAUAGGUUUGUAAAUAUAUAUACAAUGUGUGUAUGUGUAGUAAUCUUGUUUUAUAAUCAUCUAUAUCGUAUUCAAGAGAAAUAUUCCCAUAAUUAUCAUAAUAGUAUUUGUAUAAUGGAGUGUUCUCGAAACACUGAAGGCUUCAUUUAGACUUGUUUACUUCGUUGAUAAUAGAUAUUUUUUUAUUCACGACAUUGGUAAACAAACUUUCUCUUUAGUUAUAUUUUGUAUUAAUUGAUGAAACUAUUCGAAAAUCAAUGUAUUAUUUUUUGCCUUUUGUUGUAAUGUUACUUGUGUGAAUUUUGUUAUUUGUGAUAUAUACUAGAAAAGAACAUUAUGUCCAAUAUUUACUAAUAAACCUGCUUUAACGCAUUUUAUAUAUGUGUGAAUUUGAGAAGCAUCGCAGAUCGCGAGAUGAUUCUGUAUCUUAAGGCAUCCGACCAACAAAUAUGUGAAUUUUAGUUGCCUGGGAAUCCCACGUGUUUGUAGUAGCAUUUGAAAGGGUGCUGAACGCAGAAUAUUUCCAGAUCACCAGUUCACUGUUACAAAUGUAUGUUUUGUUAUGUUAUGUAUGUUUGUUAUUCAUGUCGGAAAAAUGA